AUUCAGGAUUUCAUAUCUGAUAAUCAUACUUGUGAUGUUCAGUCAGACACAUCGGUAGGUGAUCACGUUAAGUACCCAAGCAUUCGUCUGUCCACAAUCAAGUUAACCAUGGCUAACGAGCCAGUGAGUGUGAUGUUCAAGGUCUACUGUCUGUCAGUGAUGACACUGGUGGCAGCAACUUACACCGUGGUAUUACGAUACACAAGGACAGUAUCAUCAACAGCUAUGUACUUCUCUACAACAGCAGUAUGCAUCACGGAAGUUAUUAAAUUGUUCUUGAGCCUUGGGAUGUUGACCAAAGAAACUGGCAGCUUUGGCAGGUUAAAAGCGUCCAUAGUUGAACAUGUAUUUUGGAGUCCAAAAGAGCUGCUGAAACUGAGUGUUCCUUCUGUGGUCUAUGCAGUUCAGAAUAACAUGGCCUUUAUUGCCUUGAGCAAUCUUGAUGCAGCUGUGUAUCAGGUGACCUAUCAAUUGAAGAUCCCGUGCACAGCCUUGUGCAUGGUCCUCAUGCUGAACCGCUCUCUCAGCAGGCUGCAGUGGUUCUCAGUCUUUAUGCUGUGUUUGGGCGUCACACUGGUCCAGUGGAAACCGGCAGAGGCCACUAAAGUCCAGGUGGAGCAGAACCCAUUUUUGGGGUUUAUGGCCAUUGCUGUGGCUGUGUUGUGCUCCGGGUUUGCAGGUGUGUACUUUGAGAAGGUCCUAAAGAGCUCAGACACAUCCCUAUGGGUGAGGAACAUCCAGAUGUACCUGUCUGGCAUUGUGGUCACCCUCGCUGGAGUUUACAUGACUGAGGGCGCUCAGGUCAUGGAGAAAGGCUUCUUCUACGGUUACACGCCUUGGGUGUGCUUUGUAGUCUUUUUGGCCAGUGUGGGUGGUUUGUACACAUCAGUGGUGGUGAAGUACACAGACAAUAUCAUGAAAGGCUUCUCUGCUGCAGCCGCCAUCGUUCUCUCUACUGUGGCAUCCGUCACUCUGUUUGGGCUACAGAUAACUGCUACCUUUGCUUGUGGAGCAAUGCUGGUGUGUGUCUCCAUAUACCUUUAUGGACUUCCGAAACAAGACACCACCAAGCUUCCAAGAGCAGACACAGACAAGGAGGCCAGGCAGAAACUGAUCACUGUUUGAAGCCUGGGUCUGGAAUAGCAAAGGUUUAUGGUCUUUCCUGACCUCUGUGUUGGAGCUGCCCAUGAGGCCCUCUUUCACACUGCGGUCUACUGUUGUCCCGUAAGAGCGUCGGCAAGGAACGUCAAUCUAGAUGAAUCAUUAUAUCAGUAAUGAUGGAGCAUAAAGUAAGGGAAGUGUGGCGCUGAGGCAGAAUGUAUACAUAGAAAAUAAAUACCAUUUGGGUUUUUAUUCCUUAUUUUUUGUUUACUGUGGGACUGCUGUUUAGUAAUGGACAACAAUAUUUUUGUUGAACCACUGUCAAUGUCAACUACUCCACUAUUGACAAAGUACCGAAUGUAUAUACACAGCUGACAGAAUCUCACCUGGGAGAGCAUUUGCGGUGCAUUCGGAAAGUAUUCAAACCGCUUCCAUUUUCCCACAUUUUGUUACAGACUUAUUGUAAAAUUGAUUCAAUUAUUUCUGUCUAUACACAAUACCCCAUAAUGACAAAGCGAAAACAGGUUUUUAGAAAUGUUUGCAAAUGUAUUGAAAAUAAAAAAUCAUACCUUAUUUACAUAAGUAUUCAGACCCUUUGCUCAGGUGCAUCCUGUUUCCAUUGAUCGUCCUUGAUUUGGAGUCCACCUGUGGUCAAUUAAAUUGAUUGUACAUGAUUUGGAAAGGCACACAGUUGACCGUGCAUGUCAGAGCAAAAACCAAGCCAUGAGGUUGAAGGAAUUGUCCGUUGAGCUCUGAGACAGGAUUGUAAUCGAGAAACAGAUCUGGGGAAGGGUACCCCCAAAAAAAUCUGCCUCAUUAAAAGUGGCCUCCAUUCUUAAAUGGAAGAAAUUUGGAACGGCCUUCAUGGUAGAGACGGAAGCCACUCCAGUAAAAGGCACCUGACAGCCCGCUUGUAGUUUUCCAAAGGGCACCUAAAGGACUCGGAUGACGAGAAACAAGAUUCUCUGGUCUGAUGAGACCAAGAUUGAACUCUUUGGCUUGAAUGCCAAGCGCCACGUCUGGAGGAAACCUGGCACCAUCCCUACAGUGAAGGAUAGUGGUGGCAGCAACAUGCUGUGAGGAUGUUUUCAGAGGCAGGGAGACUAGUCAGGAGUGAGGGAAAGAUGGAGUAAAAUACAGAGAGAUCAUUGAAAACCUGCUCCAGAACACUCAGGAUGUCUGACUGGGGCGAAGGUUCACCUUCCAACAGGACAAUGACCCCAAGCACACAUCCAAGACAGGAAUGGCUUCGGAACAAGUCAAUGUCCGAGUGGCUUUUAUAAAUUUGCAAAAAAUUCAGAAAAAGUUUUUGCUUUGUCAUUAUGGGAUAUUGUGUGUAGAUAGAAUUUGUUUUACAUUUUAGAAUUUGUUUUACAUUUUAGAAUAAGGCUGUAACAAUGUGGAAAAAGUUAAGGGGUCUGAAUACUUCGAGAAUGCACUAACUGCCUGUACAGUUACAUGUUAAGUCAUGUUAUUGGUGUGGCUGUCUUUGUCCAUGUAUAUACUGAAUACAAAAAUAUAAACGGAA